AUGAAAACAAUCAAAUUGCAAACCUUCUGAUCGCCAAUUCUGUUGUUUCUGCCAGAAAAGGUAGACCUUCUAGUAGAGCAAAAAGCACCAUUGAGAUUCAAGAACUGCAUACAAAAAAACAUCAAUAUAUGUCUAAUAUUGAAACAAAUGUUCAAUCAUCUAAUGAAAAUUUACAAUCACAUGAGCUAGUUCAGGAUAAUAGAAAGCGAUGUCAAAGAUGUGGUCAAAAGGGUCAUAAUCGAGCUACUUAUAAGGCUAAAAAUGAUUGA